AUGUAUCUUGCGCUGUCGCUAGUGCUCGCGCUGGGUGUUCCCGCGCAGCUACUGCCCGCAGACGACCCUAUUGCCGAGGCCGACGCCCUAUCCCACGUACUAGAGUCUCUGCAAGCCUUCGGCGACCAUGAGCAGCCACGCAGCACACACCCCGGGUCUAUCUUUGUCUCGCUGGUGUCCUUUAGAGAUGACCAGAUGGAGCCAACGGUCAACGACAUGCUCGAUAAGGCCGCAGAUCCGUCGCGAAUUGUGUUUGGGAUCAUGUGCCAGGAUAAGUUAGAGGUUCUGCAGAAGCCUUUCUCGUUCGAGAGCAGAAGUGACUUCAACGGGAAAGUGUUGCGACUGCCCUAUAAAGAGACUAGAGGCACGUGUUGGGCCAGACAUGCGGUGCAACGGGCACUCUACAACAACGAGACCUACUACAUGCAACUGGAUUCACACCACAGAUUCACGCAGAAUUGGGACGAAAAGUGUAUUGACAAUCUCAACAUGGCCUACAAAAAAAGUGCGAAGCCGAUAUUAACGCAAUACCUCAAUGGAUUCUCUCCGGCAACCGAGGGUCAACUUAAUACCGAGGGCGACCGUGUCACGCGUCUGUCUGCUAUCAAGUACUACGAAACCGGGAAAGCCCGUAUUCAGCCUGAACACUCUCCUGGGCUGCAUGUGGAGCCACAGCUACAGAUUGCGUUGAUAUCCGGUCACUUUAUCUUCUGCGAUGGCUCGUGGGUAUACGAGGUCCCAUAUGAUCCGUAUCUGAUCUUUGAGGGAGAGGAGGACACUCUCGGCCUACGCUCAUACACACACGGCUGGGAUAUGUACCACACGGCUAAACCCCUGGCGUGGCACUACUACGAACGCCCUCAAGGCUAUCGCUUCCCUGCUACGCGCUUCAACACCGACAACUCCGAAGCUCGCCUACGCCGGAUUACUGAAGGACCUGGACCAGCCUCCGACUAUGUACGGUAUCCCGAGGGCUAUGAUUUCGGACAGUAUGGCCUAGGCGCAGACAGGGGCUGGGAAGAUUACUUCCGGCAAUCGGGUAUCUUCUGGAAUAAGCGAUAUCUGCACGAAAAGACACGCAAGGGAGACCCCAACAUAGUCAUCUCGGACGAGGAGUAUGAAGAAAUUAUGAACAUGACACCUUGGGCUGUAACGAGGGACUGUGGAGGGCAAUCAAUGCAGGACUGCUUCAAUAGAGGGUGUCGGUGGGUGGAAGGUUUCCCCGGCCCUUAUUGCCAAGACAUGGACCAACCACUCAAAGAUUGUGGAUUUCCAGGUGUUCAGAAGCAUAGUUGCGAAAGUUUGGGGGGUACUUGGGUUCCCGAUUCACCCGGACCUGAUUGUCAGUACGGAGUACCGAAAUUUCCUGGAGAUCAGGCCGAUCGAGCUGGAGAACUCUAGGUUGUAGCUGCUGUUGACCACCUAGGACUGUAUAUAAGUCGCAAGUCUGUUACCGGUUGACUUUGUGAAGGAUUAUUUUAUAUGUAGGAACAUUUUAAAUGGCAUAUAGCCGAAUGUAUGCUCGUUGAGCUAUUAUAUCGUGUUUAAAAAUCCACACUUGCAUAGAACAUGCGGAAUCAUAAAAGUCGUCCAAAAGAUCCUAGAUUACACUUUUAACCAUAUAUAUUAUUUACCCUGAACAUUUUAAUGUCCAAAAACCAUAUAAACCUUCUAAAUUGAAUGAAAUAAAUUUCCUCAAUUUUGUGUGA